AUUAAGCAUUGACUUGAUUUCAUUAGCCCAUUUUGUACAAAUUUCAUUUGCCAAAUUGCAUCCAAUAACAUUCCUUGUCUUCAUAACUCCGACAGCGAAUUUAACAAUUUUAACUAGAUUGAGACAACCUAAAGAAACGCUAAAAGUAACAAAUUUAUUUUGAAAACAUACCUAUAAAAUUGUGUGGUGGCAAUUAGUCUAUUUAAUCAGUGAAGUGCUUUUGCAGAAAUAACCCAUCACCUCUCGCGCGCCUACUAUAUAAAUAGAUCCCUCGCUGCUCAUUUUCUCCUCGUCCAGCUUCAAGCUCUCAACUUUCUCAUCACUCGUCUCCUCGAUUUAUUUGUCUCCUUCCAUCCAGACACCUCGAGCCGGCGAUCGAUCAUCCAAACCAAGCUCCGCCGCCCGAGACGACGAAGUCGACGUCGCCGCCGCCGCCGCUCGCCGCCGGCACACAGCUAGCUGCAAGCUGCUAGACGACGACGUCGAGCUGAUCCGUUCUAAAACAUCACUAUAAACUAAUCCAUGUCCUGUUCUUGAUAUCCCUCUCUCUGUUGCAUCGAAUGACCCUAUCCAUUUCGGCCUUAGCUAUCUUGCUAUAAAGCUCGUGGUAGCUUGUUACCUUUGCUAGAGUUUUGAAUUCCUCAUCUUCUCCCGCCGUUUUUAGCUAGCUGUUUUGUUGCACACGUGCAACACAGGACAAGACGUGUGUAAGAGCUUGGAUACUGCCGCCAUCGCUGCCAUGUGCGAGGCUCUCGUUGACCGGCAACUCCUCCCCCCGUGCGGUUGCAAUGGCGGCGGCGACGUCGUUGUCGUUGUGGUGCCGAAGACGUCGGCGGCGCCGGUGUUGGAGGACAGGCCGAAGACGUCGGCGGCGGCGGUGAGCAAGGGCGGCGAGGCGGCGUCGAUCCUGCGGCUGUCAUUGCCGAUGAUCAUGACGGGGCUGAUACUGUACAUCCGGCCGAUGAUCUCGAUGCUGUUCCUCGGCCGGCUCGGCGAGCUCGCGCUCGCCGGCGGGUCGCUCGCCAUCGGAUUCGCCAACAUCACGGGGUACUCCGUGCUGUCCGGCCUCGCCAUGGGCAUGGAGCCGGUGUGCGGCCAGGCCGUGGGCGCCGGGAACCUCCCCCUCGUCGGCGCCACCAUGCAGCGGAUGGUGCUCCUCCUCCUCGCCGUGUCCGUGCCCGUCGCCUUCCUCUGGGCGUGGAUGGAGCCGCUCCUCCUGCUGUGCGGCCAGGACGCCGCCAUCGCCGCCGCCGCGCAGCGCUACAUUCUCUUCUGCCUCCCCGACCUCCUCUUCCUCUCGCUCCUCCACCCGCUCCGGAUCUACCUCCGCGUCCAGUCGAUCAACCUGCCGCUCACGGCGUGCGCCGCGCUCGCCGUCGCCGCCCACCUCCCCAUCAACCACCUCCUCGUCUCCGUCCUCGGCCUCGGCAUCGAGGGCGUCGCGCUCGCCUCCGCCUGGGCCAACCUCAACCUGGUCAUCUUCCUCCUCGCCUUCGUCUACGUCUCCGGCGUGCACCGCGACACCGGGGGAUUCUCGCUGCCGCGCAAGAUGUUCAAGGACGUCGACGGGUGGGUGCGGCUGGUCAGGCUGGCCGCCGAGAGCUGCGCCAGCGUCUGCCUCGAAUGGUGGUGGUACGAGAUCAUGAUCCUGCUCUGCGGCCUCCUCGCCAACCCCAGGGCCACCGUGGCGUCCAUGGGGAUCCUCAUCCAGACCACGUCGCUGCUCUACAUCUUCCCGUCGUCGCUCAGCUUCGGCGUGUCCACGAGGGUCAGCAACGAGCUCGGCGCGAACCGGCCGUCCGCCGCGCGCGCCGCGGCGAGGGCGGGGCUCGCGCUGAGCGCCGUCCAGGGCCUCGCCUCCCUCGCGUUCGCCGUGUCCGUGCGCGGCGCGUGGGCGCGCAUGUUCACGCCGGACGCCGACAUCCUCGCGCUCACGGCAUCGGUGCUGCCGAUCCUCGGCCUCUGCGAGCUCGGCAACUGCCCGCAGACCACCGGCUGCGGCGUGCUCCGGGGCAGCGCGCGGCCGAGAGACGGCGCCCACAUCAACCUCGGCGCGUUCUACGGCGUCGGCACGCCGGUCGCCGUCGGGCUCGCGUUCUGGGCGGGCAUGGACUUCAGGGGGCUCUGGCUCGGCCUCCUCGCCGCGCAGGCGGCGUGCGUCGCGGUGAUGCUCGUCGUGAUCCAGCGCACGGACUGGGACGUACAAGCCAAGCUCGCGCAGGUGCUCGCCGGCGCCGCGGCCAGUGGCGGCGACCACGGCGUCAACGAAGCCGGUGGGAAUGACGCGGUCGCGCACGUCAAGGUCGCGGCGCCCCACGGCGACGAGGACUCGAGCUUGCUCAUCACCGUGAGCACGUAGCUGACCGGAGCAACGCCGUGACAACGACGACGUACGGCCAUGUCUACGUACGUAUGAACCACGGUAACUAGCUACUCCCUCCGUCUUAAAAUAUAAUCAUUUUUAGCUAUGAAUCUAGACAAGUAUGUGUCUAGAUUUAUAAGCCAAAAGUUGCUAUAUUUUGAGACGGAGGUAAAAGUCAUUGUGUCGUGUGAAAGCACAAAGUUCUUCCGGAGUCUGAACUCUGAACAUUUUUUUUGGCAGUUCGCAUGAGUUGGUCAGUGUAUGUACGGUUAUACUUAUACACUUAAUUAUACCUAGUAUAUAGUGCCAUAGUUAUUGCAGAAAAACACCUGAGCUUAAUUUUGGUGAAAAAUAGCUCGGUGUUUCCUGUAAUUACAUGGCCUUCAUAGAACAGUAUUAGGUGGUGUUGAGCGAACUAAUCAGCACCUAGUUAAUUGUCUUCGGUUUUAGUAGGUGGCCUGAGGACUCGUAUUUUUUGUAUAUUUUAUUCUUUUCCACAAGUUAUGUAUUGUCAUGGGUAUAUAUAUACUUGUAUAUGUACACACAAAAUUGAAAACUAAGUGAAAUUUCGGUGUUCCUUUUA